AGCAAUUCUCACAAAUCUUUAGCUUCGGGGAGAUCGUUGAACCCUGCACCUGAACCAUGGCGAACUCUAGAUGGCAGCGACUGAACCCAUUCCGGAAGGAUCAUCAGGACUCUGCGGGCAGCUCAUCGAAGCCGCAGCAACCGCCUAAGGCAUCUGCCCAUGGUCUCAAGGUCAUGGCAGAGGGAGAGCAGCCAGCAGUGGACAUUGUUGCUGUCCAUGGCUUGAACGGGCACCACGACGAGACCUGGACGGCAGCGAACGGCACCCACUGGCUCCGCGAUCUCCUACCAAAGGACAUCCCAAAUGCGCGCAUAUUCUGCUGGGGAUACGAUGCGAACACGCACGGCAAGCGCGUUAGCCACCAAUUCCUCCACGAUCAUGCAGAGCAGCUAGUGUCAGAUCUCUGCCUCAAGAGAAAGCGUACAAAUAGCACGAAACGACCGAUAAUCUUCGUGGCGCACAGCCUGGGUGGCAUCAUCGUCAAAGGCGCUCUCAUUCACUCGGACGCGGCGCGGAAAGGCGCACUGGAAGAACACCGAUCGAUCAAGACGUCGACGUACGGAAUUAUGUUUAUGGGCACACCUCACCAGGGCGGCAACGGAGUGCAGUUCGGAAAGCUGCUAGUCAAUGCGGCAUCGGUAUACAAGGCCACCACCAGCCGGCUGCUAGAGCAUUUGGAGCGAGACUCAGAAUGGCUACAGCAGCAGCUUAGGCAGUACGGGCCGAUCAGUGGGGAGUUUAUGACGAAGUUUGCGUACGAGGAGUACGAGACUCCGACAGCGCUGGGUCAUUCGAUUAUGGUGGUGCCAAAAGCAUCCGCGGUCGUUCCAGGCGCCGCCGACGCUGAGCAGAUCAUGAUCCAUGCGGACCACAAAAAAAUGGUCAAGUUCGAGUCAAAAGAGGAUAAUGACUAUGAGAAAGUUUCAGACUAUUUGUUUAUUAUGGUUGAAAGUGCAGGCAGCGUCAUCAGCCUACGAUGGGAAGAAGAGGUUAGAGUUGAUGCGGCUCGAAGCAAUCCUGAAGAGGGCUUUUCUGUCGUCUUCAGCUUGCCUGAGGCCUCUGAGACGGAUCACUUUGUUGCGAGACAAGCGGAGCUCGCUGUAAUGCACAAGGCCCUUAGCAAGGGCGCCGGUCGUCAAGCAGUCACUCUGCACGGCCUAGGCGGGAUCGGGAAGACGCAGCUGGCGAUUGCAUACACCAAAGCCCAUCGAGACGACUUUUCGGCGAUAUUUUGGCUGAACAUCAAAGACGAAGUGUCAGUAAAGCAGAGCUACUCACGGCUAGCAAAAUGCAUCCUGCAGGACUGCCCAUCAGCCAGCCAGUUAGGUGUUUUCACAGAUGAUAAGAAGCAAGAUGAAGUGGUAGCAGCAGUUAAACGGUGGCUGGAGCAUGCUAAGAACACGCAGUGGUUAAUGGUAUUCGACAACUACGACAACCCCAAAGUGCCAGGCAAUGUGGAUCCCAGUGUUGUCGAUAUCCGGCAGUUUCUGCCCGAAGCACACCAUGGCUCGAUAAUCGUCACGACAAGGUCAUCGAAGGUCAGUAUAGGCCGUCGCGUGAAGGUAGGCAAGUUAGAAGACGUCCGCGACAGUCUGCAGAUCCUGUCUGAUGCAUCGCAUCGCGAGGGUGUGAUAGACGAUCCUAAGGCCGCCGAGCUUGCUAGAGAGCUGGAUGGAUUGCCACUGGCCUUAGCUACGGCGGGCGCCUACCUUGAUCAGGUGGCGACAAGCUUUGCUGACUACCUUUGUCUGUACCGGGAAUCAUGGCGAAGGCUGCAACAAAUGAGCCCUGAAGUAAGCACAUACGAAGACCGACAACUGUAUUCAACAUGGGAGCUAUCUUUGGAUCACAUCAAGCAGCAGAGCGAAAUAUCAUUCAAGCUGCUUCAGCUGUGGGCAUACUUUGAUAACCAAGACCUCUGGUUUGAGCUUCUGAGAGAAGGGAGGACUGAUGGACCGCAAUGGCUAUGUCAACUCACAGAGGAUCAGCUGAGUUUUAACGAGGCAGUGAGGGUGCUAUGCAACUACGGGUUAGCAGAUGUAGACAAGUCCUCUAAAGGAUAUGUAGUUGAGUCUCAGGGAUACGGGAUGCACAGCUGUGUGCACUCAUGGACGGUGCAUAUAGUCAACCAAGAAUGGGAUUCUGAGAUGGCCGGGGUGGCUAUGGAGUGUGUAGGCAGACAUGCACCAAAUAACAAUGUGCAGCACUCGUGGCUGACUCAGCGCCGGCUUUUGCGACACUUGAAAAGGUGUUGGGGAUUUAUUGUUGACGGCAGGUUAGAUAAAGAUGGGAAGGACUGGAUUCUGUAUAACUUUGGAUACGUGUGUUCGAUUCAGGGACAGUUUGACGAGGCAGAGAAGAUGUACUUAAAAGCGCUGCAAGGCUUUGAGAAGGUAUUGGGACUGGACCAUACAUCAACACUCGACACAGUCAACAACUUGGGCUCCCUCUACAGAUCCCUGGGACGGCCUAACGCGGCAGAGAAGAUGUACUUGCGAGCGCUGCAAGGCAAAGAGAAGGUAUGGGGACUAGACCAUAUAUCAACACUCUCGACAGUCAACAACUUGGGCUUGCUCUACGCGGACCUAGGACGGCUUAACGAUGCGGAGAAGAUGUACUUGCGAGCCCUACAAGGCUUUAAGAAGGCAUUAGGAUCAGACCAUACAUCGACCCUCUCGACAGUCAACAACUUAGGCAUGCUCUACAAAUCCCUGGGACGACUUAAUGAGGCGGAGAAGAUGUACUUACAAGCGCUGCAAGGCUAUGAGAAGGCAUGGGGACUAGACCAUACAUCAACACUCGAGACAGUUAACAACUUGGGCUUGCUCUACGUAGACCUGGGACGGCUUAACGAGGCGGAGAAGAUGUACUUACGAGCGCUGCAAGGCUUUAAGAAGGCGUGGGGACUAGACCAUAUAUUAACACUCGGGACAGUCAACAACUUAGGCGUCCUCUACGCAGCCCUGGGACGGCUUAGCGAGGCAGAGAAGAUGUACUUGCGAGCCCUGCAAGGCAAAGAGAAGGCAUGUGGACCAGACCAUACAUCAACACUUGAGACUGUCAACAACUUAGGCGUCCUCUACGCGGACCUGGGACGGCUUAGCGAGGUGGAGAGAAUGUUCUUGCGAGCCCUGCAGGGCUUUGAGAAGGCAUGGGGACCAGACCAUACAUCAACACUCGAGACAGUCAACAACUUGGGCGCCCUCUACAAAUCCUUGGGACGGCUUGACGAGGCAGAGAAGAUGUACUUGCGAGCGCUGCAAGGUAAAGAGAAGGUAUGGGGACUAGACCAUACAUCAACACUUGACACAGUCAACAAUUUAGGCGCCCUCUACACGGACCUAGGACAGCUUGACGAGGCGGAGAAGAUGUACUUGCGAGCGCUGCAAGGCAAAGAGAAUGCAUGGGGACUAGACCAUACAUCAACCCUCUCGACAGUCAACAACUUAGGCGCCCUCUACGCGGACCUGGGACGGCUUGGCGAGGCGGAGAAGAUGUACUUGCGAGCGCUACAAGGCUUUGAGAAGGCAUGGGGACUAGACCAUAUUUUCACACUCUUGACAGUCAACAAUCUAGGCAACCUCUACAAAUCCCUAGGACGGCUUAACGAGGCAGAGAAGAUGUACUUGCGAGCGCUACAAGGCUUUGAGAAGGCAAGGGGACUUGACCAUAUAUCAGCACUUGAGACAGUCAACAACUUAGGCUCCCUCUACAAAUUCUUAGGACGGCUUGACGAGGCAGAGAAUAUGUACUUACAAGCGCUACAAGGCUUGGAAAAGGCAUGGGGGCCAGACCAUACAUCAGUACUCUCGACAGUCAACAAUUUGGGCUUACUCUACGCGGACCUAGGACGGCUUGACGAGGCGGAGAAGAUGUACUUACAAGCGCUGCAAGGCAAAGAGAAGGCAUGGGGACUGGACCAUACAUCAACACUUGAGACAGUCAACAACCUAGGCUUGCUCUACGCGGACCUGGGACGGUUUAACGAGGCGGAGAAGAUGUACUUACGAGCGCUACAAGGCUUUAAGAGGGCAUUAGGACUAGACCAUACAUCAACACUCGAGACAGUCAACAACUUGGGCUUGCUCUACGCGGAACUAGGACGUCUUGAAGAGGCGGAGAAGAUGUACUUACAAGCGCUACAAGGCAAAGAGAAAGCAUGGGGACCAGACCAUAUAUCAACACUUGAGACAGUCAACAAUUUAGGUGUCGUCUACAAAUCCCUAGGACGGCUUGACGAGGCAGAGAAGAUGCUCUUACAAGCGCUGCAAGGCUAUGAGAAGGCACUUGGCCAACAAGUGGUGAAGAAGUAUAUACCGGCACUUAACACAGCUCAGAAUGUGGCCGCCCUCUUCCAGCAGACUGGCAGAAUGCAGGAAGCGGAGGAGUUAUACAGACAGGCUCUCAUUGGUGUUGAAGCAGUUUUCGGGCGUACAAGCAACAAGUAUCGCAGUAUUGCUGAGAUCUUAGAUGCACUGCACAGUAACACAGAGUAUGAUACAUAA